AUGAUCAUGUGCCCUCGCAGCUCCUCCUUCGACGGGGCCGUCACAGUCUCCUACGGCCCAUCCGUCCCGCACCCGUCGCUUUCGCCGUCCGGAGUCGAGUCGCCGUCCCGGCUAGGCCAGAGCCGUUGGGACGACGUGGGGAUGCGCUCGCUGGAGAGCAAGCUUGAGCUGCUGCACGCGCAGCGAGAGCUUAGCGCCCUCCGCUGCCAGACGUUCAUCGACCAACUCGAAUCCGCUUUCCAAUCCCAAACCCCCACCCAACCCGACCGACUCGCACGCCGCCCUCCCUCCGUGCGGGCGCGUCGCGCGUCGCUGGAUCUGUCGAGGGCGGAGAGCGCGCAGCUGGCGCAGGAGCUGCGGUUUUACGAUGAGCCAGCGAGGUUCGCCCGCUCGCACUCCCACAGCGCCACUGCCAGUCCAGCCGCCGCAGUGCCGCGUCCGCGGUUCCCGCGCUCCAAGUCGCAUCGCGGGCCCAGCCGAGGCUCCUCCCCCAGCCCGGCCGCUUUCAUCCGCCGCCACUCCAGCCCUGGUGUCGCGCGCCACUCUCACAGUUUGUCGUUCUCAUCAGCUGGCACGAACGGUCCGGAAGGUCUGAGUUGUAGUUUGGGGGUCCGGGCGAGCAACGCAGGUGCGCGCGAGUCUUUCAUGGUGUCGCGACCAAGUCUCAAGGACCGCCCGCCGUAUUCCAGACACGGCGACGCGCAACGUGCGGGAGGCGGAGAUGGUGGCGCAAGAGGCGACUCGAUGAGAGUCGCGACAGCGACUGCCGCGUGA